GAUGAUACACAGAUUCGAAGUUCGGACGCUCUACCACGCGCCCAUCAAUCCCUCUCGUAUCUCCAGGCCCAGCGCAUCCCGUUCAUACUGCUCACCAACGGUGGCGGUAAGCAUGAGUCUGAACGCGUGGCCGAGCUGAGCCGUAAGCUACACGUACCCCUCGAUACUAGCAUGUUUGUGCAAAGCCACACGCCUUUCGCCGAUAUGGACCACUACAAAGAUAAAACCGUGAUGGUGGUUGGAGGGGCUGAGGAUAAGUGCAGACAGGUUGCCGAAGCGUAUGGGUUUAAGACGGUAGUCACACCUGGAGAUAUACUGGCUGCUUACCCGGAUGUCUGGCCAUUCUCGCAGCAAUUGCUGUCUUACUACAAAACGUUCACGCGACCGCUCCCGGCUCCAAUCGACCCUACGUCGCCAUCCACUUCCCUUCGUAUCGAUGCGAUAUUCGUGUACAACGACCCUCGCGACUGGGGUCUUGACGCCCAGAUCAUCAAAGACGUGCUUCUCUCCGAGCGCGGAAUUCUUGGUACGCUUUCCCCCAAAAAUGGAAAUGUAGCUCUGCCAAACAAGGGCUAUCAACAAGAUGGGCAACCAGCUCUUUAUUUCUCAAACCCCGAUCUUUUGUGGGCCGCGAAAUAUCACUUACCAAGGCUCGGCCAAGGCGGCUUCCGUGAGGCUUUUGAAGGCAUAUGGGCGGCAAUCACCGGUGGCGAAAGAGAAGGCGUUUCCCUUCAAAAGAUCGUCAUGGGUAAGCCUUACAGGCCCACAUAUGAGUUUGCUGAGAAGCGACUCAUGGCACACCGGCGCCAUCUGGUUCAAGCAGAGCACAGCCAGCUUGGGGUGUUGAAGCGCGUCUACAUGGUUGGCGACAACCCUGCAAGCGACAUAGCAGGCGGUAACAACUAUGAAAGCCCCUUCGGAACGGAUUGGGCCAGUAUCCUCGUCAGUACUGGCGUCUACGCAGAAGGCUCGCAGCCGGCCGUCCAGCCCCGGCAGAUUGUGGGUGAUGUGUGGGAUGCGGUAAGAGCCAGAACGCUAGAAAGUAGUAAACCAAAAGGACGGACAUCUAAUAGAAUGCCCCUCGAUAUCGCAAGUUUGGCGCUGGCUUUGCUGCCAAGGAGUAUACUUUCUACUCGGGUAGCCUUGCAAGCGUUCACAAUUCUCUUCUCGUAUCGCGUUCUGCAUUUCCCGUGUAGAGCCAGGAUCUCCGCUAAGAGUACUACAGAUCGUCGCGGCGGUACUGCUACACUCAUUGUAACGGAACGGCUACCAGCAGGCACUCCUACGUUUAACGGCAGACAGCCACAUAAACGCAAUCAGAUCGUCGUCCGAGCCGCAGACCAACCAGCCGCAUCAGUCAAUUGCAACCCCCCGCAGCCACACUUUGUCAGAGAUCCGGCUGUACUUCCGGCAGACCUGCUACAUCCAAUCGACAGAAUGGCCUAUCAUCCCCGCAAAGACAACCAGUUCGACGACGAUCAGUCUGAACGCGAUAUCAUCUCCUUGGUUGGCAUGGCCAAGUUACGGUUGGAUCGCAGAAAAGAAAACAAGACUUGGCGACCAGUGCAAGCAGGAAGUGACGAAGAAACUCCUAGCGUUCACGAUGAGCUUAGCAAUCCCGGCUUCUAUCUCACUGGCACAGAACAUGCCCAGAAAGAAGAUCACUUGGACGCUGCGCAUGACGGUGCAAGAGUUGCUACGACCUUGACAACAUCCGUUCUAGCUAACAGCAUGGGCGGUGAGAUGCGCCACACAGGAGCGAGGACUCAUGUGCAACUCUUUGGCAACCUACCUGACCUUAUUCGACUUAGCGAGCAAACGGGCGAAUUUGAUGGGCAAGUGGUGUUCAUAGGGCAUCCCAACAGGGACAUCUCAGCACACCAGUGGUCAUCAUCGUCCUUCCAGUGGGUAAAUAUUGGACGAUACUCUACUUCUCGAGGCAAAGUCGAAGGCUCUUUGGCGUCCGAUCGUCUACGAGGCAUUGACGAGCCCCAAGACACGCUCGAGUAUUUCAAGCUAGCAGCUGAGAAUCGACAAACACUUGUUGUCGAACAUGGGCGCCAAAAAGAGGCAAGUACGGCGGCAGAGCAAGGUUUACAUGGCGGUGUGGACGUCGUGUCGACCCAACCCUACAGAGAUGCGCAGACCGACCGAGGUUCAAGCCAAACACAGGGUGGUUCAAAGCCGUCUAUACCUUCAGCAUCGCGUAGUCCGUUCACGAGACCCGCUCUGGAAGAUCCCUUCGUUACCACGACUAGUUGUUCAUUCUCGCAGUCUUCGGAUGGCAAUAAGCCUCAAAGUAACUGGCUGAGUUUGACAGGGUCACUGGAUCUCACGUACCGAUUCCCUUCGAAGACCACCACGGAAGGCGUCUCUGCAAAUAGCUCUGAUACUAUCAAGAGCACAGAGAGUUCAACUCCCAAAUUAUCGUCUGGAACAGCCCUGCCGGACGUCACCUUUGGCGAGUUGGCUGUGAAUCAACGUGGGGGCGGUGGAAGUUUCCAACACCUUCGUGCAAACGUAGCCUACCAGCGACUUCAGGGGCGCAAACAGCACCUGGCCAACAUUGAGGAGGCACAAUCGAGCGUGCCAGAGCACAACAGUCUGACCUCCGGCGCCGGGGUUCUAGGGACUGCUGUGCAACACGCUGGUUCAACACGCUCAGCCGCUCCGGCCAGAUUCAUGACAUCAGCUCUCAACGCUGCCGCUGCCCCGUACAUGAAGGCGCCAUCAGCAACAGUAGUGAAAUCCGGGACAACAGAGUACAACACCAGUACUAUAAACUCUGCAGCAGUCGCUCUUCAUCACAGUGAUCUAGAUGGUCUGCGGACCGCUCAGCAACAUGAAGUCGCAAACGGUUUGAACCAACAAACUCCAACUCCACAGAGCUUCAAAGGCCCUUUCUUCACCGAAACUAAGCCGACCACGCACGAUCCGACCGUGGCAUUAGCGAUCCGUGUAAGUGAGGAAGAGAAACUAGCGAACUGGUUUCGCGACGGUCAUCGCCCCGCGCGCCAGAAAGAGUACACCAAGUCUCUCAUCGCAGCUGCAGCGGCCAACGACAAGACGCGACACUUCGGGACCAUCGGUCGACCAGCAGUCGAGGAAGAGAGAGGACCGCAUGCCAACACAGCUCCCUUUGUGCGUUUGUACGAGAAUCUCUCUGAGUACGUGGAGGAGUACCGCAACGGCAGCGGUCAGUCGUACUUUACGCGACGAUGGAAGCCAGCCGCGCAACAGCUUCGAGACUUGGGACCUGAUGGCAAUACUAGUUACUUCGGUAACAGAAGGGUUUAUGCACGUUGGCCAAUGGCGCCUAUUUACAGGCCAGCAGGACGUUCCAUUUGGGGCUGA